AUGGCCGAUCCAGGAUGGGACAACUAUAAGUCCGAGAUCGAGAGGUUGUACAUCCACGAGAACAUGACACGUGAUGAAGUAGUGGACUUCAUGGCAACGAAGCACUCUUGGUCCCAACCGAGAGAUGAUCAAUGGAUUGCGAGAAGAGUUGCAAAAAGAAAGAGAGAAGAUAACAAGGACAGCGAGGUCUUCGUCGAUGGAGUUCAAAUUCAUCCUGCGAAAAUUUCCAGAUCGAGCUACAGAAAGGGCUUCCUGACUGAGUACUCGCGACGUGGACCGUCCCCAAGUACCCCCGAAGGCUAUGUUGUAGCUACGCCAACUUCACCUGGCAUCCAUGUCUUAUGGAAAAGUCCACUGCCCUCGGUGCAGUUCAUGCGUUUCAUUCAACCUAUAACAAGUAACGCUUUUUUCAAAUUUGCAAAUUACCCCACCCCUCGCUCUGUCUCUCUUAUUCCAAAUCCGUCGCACAAUGUCAUUGCAAUUUCCGAGAGCACGACCUCCAUUUUGAUGAAACAAUUGAAUACCAUUAUACCAUGGAACAAGCUCCGGCACCCUUCAGACAUGCACAGUGCUUCGCGUCUAUCAGCCGCACUGCAAAUCCUUGUCCCGGAAAACGAGCUCGGCGAACAUGAAAACCUCUGA